AUGGCUGCUAAGGCAGGAGUACCGCAACGAAAAAUGACAUACUUCGAAGUUACACCACCAGAUGGGCCAAGUAGGCAGGUGCGAGUGCCAAACGUGAUAGCUUUGGUUGGACUGCCGGCUCGAGGAAAAACGUAUAUCUCGCACAAACUCUGUCGGUACUUGAACUGGAUAGGGAUCAAGACGAAAGCGUUCAAUGUUGGUGAGUACCGGCGGAAGGCUUGCGACUUGAUGAAAGAAGGCGAUUUCGAGUUUUUCAGCCCUUACAAUCAAAAAGGAACCCAGAUAAGAGAGUGA